AUGGAUGUCAAGGUCAUCGUCAUGCUGGCCCUCGUGCUGGCUGCGCUUUGCCUCAGAGAUGGAAAGCCUGUCAGCCUGAGCUACGGAUGUCCAUGCCAAUUUUUUGAAAGCCAAGUUGCCAGAGUCCAUGUCAAGUGCCUCAAAAUCCUCAACACCCCAAACCACGCCCUUCAGAUUGUGGCAAGACUGAAGAACAACAACAGACAAGUGUGCAUUGACUUGGAAUUCAAGUGA